AUGGCCAAAAAAGCAAAGGACCACGACCGCGAGCAGGCGAUGAAGAACGAAACAGCCGAAGGCGAUGAUGCGGAGGGUGAUGCCAACAUGGAAGAUGCAGAGGAGACACCCGCUGAAGUGAUUGGAUCUAAAGUCAUUGUGAUUCACAUGGGAAGUCAGAACCUCCGCAUUGGGCUUGCCAGUGACGCAUUGCCAAAGACGCUACCGAUGGUGAUCGCAAGAAAGUCAACAACCAAUGAAUCUGAGGACCACCCAGAGCCCAAGCCAAAACGAUUCAAGCAUGAUGAUGGCUCCGAAAUGGAGCCGGAGAAGGAGUUUGGCCCUGAGUGGUCGGCUCACUUUGGUCGGAUGUCUGCGGACUUGAAGGUGCACAUGAAAUUGAACAAGAGAAGGAUGCUUCCAAACUCCAAAGAAAUGGUCGUCAACUAUAACCGCAGAACGGUACCCGAAAUUAUCUCCGAGCACAAUGACCCAAUGCGUGCCGAAUGGACUGAAUUGUCAAAUCCCCCACCGGAGUACAUUGUUGGUCAACCGGCGUUGAGGGUUCCCGAUGACUCAAUCCCCCGAUACAAGCUGUAUUGGCCAAUUCAGAACGGCUGGUGCAAUGAGAAGGACUAUGCUAGCAAGAGGGCACUUUUCCUGGACAUCUCUCUGAUUCUCGAAGAUGCUAUCAAGAAUCAGCUGCAUUUGACUAGCAAGAAGGAUUGGAAUCAGUACUCGUGUGUGUUCGUCAUCCCGGAUCUCUACGACAAGGCAUACGUUACCUCCAUUUUGGAGAUGCUGAUGCGCGAAUUUGCGUUUGCUCGGGUGUGUUUCAUCCAAGAGAGUCUUGCAGCCACAUUCGGUGCCGGGUUUACGUCGGCCUGCGUUGUCGACAUUGGAGCGCAGAAGACCUCGAUCUGCUGUGUUGAAGAAGGCAUGUGCGUCGAGAACUCGCGCGUUAACCUUAAGUUCGGUGGGCAAGAUAUGACCGAAACAUUUGUGAAAAUGAUGCUCCAUGAUCACUUCCCUUACGCAGACAUCAACCUAUGGCGCAGGCACGACUCCCUCUUAGCCGAAGAGCUUAAAAAGAACAUCUGCACAAUGGUUGAACAAAGUGUCUCACCGCAGGUUUUCGAUUUCCACCUUCGCAUAGCAGGUCAAGAUACGCGCAAAUAUUCCUUUAAGGCAUUUGACGAAGUCCACCUUGCCCCAAUGGGUGUCUUUGAACCUGCUAUCUUUGACAAUGAACAUAAGAUUGACGGAAGACGGACACUGAUUGACCGUUCGGUCGACAUAUACGAAGGAUCGCCCAAUGAUCCUACUUCUGCAGCCCAGUCAGAGAUUCUGACAGCGAUCGCACCUCCUCUGAAAGAUGUCAAGACCAACGGCGAAUCUGAGGCCGAAACCCCCAUCCGCCCUCCGGCCUUGAAAGUCGAUGCCACCCCGCGGUCGUCUGUCGCUGGUUCCCCAGCACCCGAGCCCACCAGCACACCCCAACCGGCCAGUACAAGCACACCAGCCGCCCCUCCUGCGGCCCCUCGUCCACCCGCUGUAGAAUAUCGCGAUGACAUCAUGCCUGUGUUUGGUCUGGACAAUGCUAUCCUGACCUCCAUUGCCCAUGCUGCUCGUUCAGAUGAUAAGAAGAUGCGAGACUUCAUUGGCGGUAUCAUGGUGGUCGGCGGUGGCAGCCUGACUCAAGGCUUCCAUGCAUUCUUGGAGGAACGGCUCCAAACCCUUCGUCCCGGUUUUGCAAAGGAGAUCAUGAUCGGAACGCCCCCCAGAGAACUGGAUCCGCAGGUUGUCGUCUGGAAGGGAGCCAGUAUCUUUGGCAAGCUGAACACCACGAACGACAGUUGGAUUGGAAGGGUAGAGUUUGAUCGACUCGGCCCUCGACUGAUGGCAUACAAGUGUAUGUGGGCCUAUUAG